AUGAAGGAGGAGGAACAGGAACACCCUGUCGGAUUUGAACUCAAAGAUAAAUUGGAAGCGGCUUUUGAUAGUAUUAAUGAUAGUGCCUCUUAUUCAGAGUUCGGAGGGUUCCGUUAUGAAAAAGUAAAAUAUGAUGAAUCAACCAUUCAAUAUAUGCUAGACGCUUCGGAAUCUGUUGUAAUGGACGAAACUUUGGGCUUGGACCCUGUUAACGAAGUCCAUCGACUGAUCCAAGCGUUUCCAUCGAGAGACCGGAUUGUGUCAGAUCUUCAGAUGAGAUUCUCUACGGCUAACAUGAAGACAGUCCUUCGAAAUGGUCCACAAGCUCAUCUGCAUUUCGCAAAAGUUGCUGAUAAGCGGUUCGCUCCGAGGCAUCCAUUUGAUCUUCCCGUAUUUUACUAUCACUUCUGUCAUCCUGAGAGGUCUCUCACCAAUGCUACGCACAAUCGAGAUCAAGAGUUCCAAUUUGGAAUCAACUGUAUGUACAACACCAACCCAACAAUUCGACUAUUCAAUGGUUUGCUUGAGAUGUAUGAUCACGCAAUGGAAAAAAUAGAACUCCCCCAUCCAAAAUUCGGGAAGAACAUCUAUUACAAAGCUGACCAAACAAUAGCUGAUACCUACAGCAAACCUGGACAACACUCGGAAGUCAUUAUACACGGGAUGCGAAUAUUUUUUGAAGAUGGAACGAUUAAAAAUGAUAAAGGAUAUAGAAUGGAAGUAUUCCUCAACAAUAGAGAAGUUGAGGCGAACGAGAAGAUACAAAAAGUGGAAUUCUUCCUAGCAGAUGAAAAUACUAUUGAAGUUAUGACUCUUUUCAAAAAGUCCAUGAUGGCCGGUGGGUUCAUUCGGAAGAAGAAAAAAGUCGAGAAAAUUGAGCAAACAGUGUUGAUAGUGAGCCUAGAUGAGAUAACUGGAACAUAUGGAACGUCGGAUUUUCAAUGCAGUCCGAAUUUCAAGUCAAUGUUGAGAACGAGUCGAAUGGGUCCGAAAAGAAGACCGAGAAACACUAAACAGGAAGUGAAGAUAAAAAUGGAUGAGAAUCGAGAGAUAAUGAAGCCAAGUGUAGAUCGAGUAAAAGUUUUUCUGGGUGUGGACAAAAAUAAUAAGAAACUGAGACACAAACGUGCAGGACUUGGUCACCAAAUAUGCACAUCAUUAUGCAAGUUGAAGAAUGCUUUACAACUACUCAAAGAUGAAUCCGCAUUCCCUUCCGAAUCAGAAUUCUGGACCGCAGGAGAGAAGGUUGUGUACGCUUUGUACAUGGCUCAAACUGACGCAUAUCUUUGUGAGGACACAUGCGUACCGUUUUUAAACGCGGUGCAAAUGUGCUCGACGUUUGUAGACCAUGCUGACGAGUUUGAGAUACAGGGGGAACUUUUGCUUAUGUUCAGUUAUCAACUCAUGAGCAUGCUAUUUGCGAUCGAAAAAUAUAUACAUCAGAUUGAUAGAAACGACAACCGAUCGAAACGUGAAAUUCAUAUAGGCACCUUCUUGCCAUUCUACUAUAUUGUUCCAUUCGCUGUGCUAAAGGACGCAUUCAUCAAUGCAAAGCGCCCGAUGAAAGGGAUGUUGCUAGAAAUUAUUUGUAGAAGAGCCACCCCAUCGGUGUAUUCUGAAGUGUUGGAUCUUUAUCAACACGAUAAGCAAUUGGUGGAAGAUGCUCUCAAAAGCUACCCACAUAUUAUGCUCUUCGGACACUUUCCUGCAAGUCCGUGUGCAGAUCUGGUCAAUGACUUGGGGGUCUAUUUAGAUAAUAGCCUCCUGUUGGAACCGAACAAAUGGGUUUUGGACAUACCUCGACCACGUGUCCUACUCUCCGUGAAACCGGAACCCGAAGAAAUCCCCGAAGAGUGCCCGGACGAUGGUUAUGUGCAAGGAAAUGGAAUCAAUGGCGACACAAGCUAUGAGUGUGGCAUUGUCCAUGAGCAGCCAGUUGAAGAGCAUAUGAGCAUCGCAUACUGGGAAGCCGAACACUCAAGUUCGGUAGAAAACCAUACUAAUGGAGCAAGCAAUGAACCGGAAGAAUUUGAUUUUGUGGCACCAAUGAAACCAAUCAAGAAGGAACCGCUUACUGAGGCAGUGGACGAGCCGACAACUCCUCCAAGAACUCUACCAUCAAGAAAGUCACCGGUCCCUUCAACAUCCGCUGAUAAUGGGUACUACCGGAACGCCCAAGGAUUUGAGAGAAAGCGCAAGCAACCAUUCGACUGGAGAGAUAUGAUCAGUGAGAGUCGAGACAGUACUCCCGUCAAAACGCCAGGUCGACCUGUCAAAGCUCCAUGCGGUGCAACUUUCACACCGAAUCGCUUGCUAAAUACUCCAUAUGGAAAAUAUCGGAAGCUGAUACCUCCGGAACCCACGAAACGCACUUUUCUCGAAAAAGAUCCAACGAAGGUGGGACUUUUGGACAAGAUCUGGGAGGGCUCCUCUGCAGCUGUCAUUCGUAGAAGCGUAUCAGAUGCUUAA